AAUAAAUAUUUCUACACUGCUUACUCAAAAUCAUAUCAUUAUAUCAGGGUACCAGAUCAUUAUUACAGAGGAAAAAUGGCAAAAGUUCGGGAAACAUCUUCAGUCAAAGAAUUUAAUGAUAUACUCGAUAAUUCAGACAGCCAGCUGGUUGUUGUUCAUUUCUCAGCUCUAUGGGCUCCACAGUGUAAACAGAUGAAUGAGGUUCUAGAGGAACUCUGCAAAGAAACAGAAUUUGUCAAUGUUGUGUUUUUGAAGGUGGAAGCAGAGGAUAUCCCAGAAUUGUCAGAGAAAUAUCAGAUAGCAGCAGUGCCAACAUUUAUUUUUCUUAAGAAGAAGCAAGUGGUAGACAGGAUAGAUGGUGCCAAUGCUGCAGAACUAACAAAGAAAGUCAAACUAUUGUCAUCACCAACAGCUGGUGUCAUUACGCAACAAACAGCAGCACCUCCAAAACAGGAUCUUGACACCAGGCUAAAGAAUUUGCUGAACUCUGCUCCUGUUCUAUUGUUUAUGAAAGGAUCGCCUGACGAACCAAAAUGUGGUUUUAGUCGUACUAUAACACAGAUUUUGAAUGACCGAGGUAUCAAGUACAGUACAUUUGAUAUAUUACAAGAUGAAGAAGUCAGACAAGGUUUAAAGAAGUUUUCUAAUUGGCCUACAUAUCCCCAGUUAUAUGCUAAUGGAGAGUUACUUGGAGGGUUGGAUAUCGUUAAAGAAUUGGUCGAGACUGGAGAAUUAGAAUCACAACUUCCUCAACAAGAAAAAUUAGAAGACAGACUUAAGAAACUUAUAAAAAGGUCUAAUGUGAUGUUGUUUAUGAAAGGAGAUCCUGAGACACCUAGAUGUGGUUUUAGUAAACAGACAAUUGGAAUACUAUCUGAAAUUGGAGUGCCAUAUGAUACAUUUGAUAUUUUAUCUGAUGAAGAUGUUCGUCAAGGUCUGAAGAAAUUCUCUAACUGGCCAACAUAUCCACAAAUCUAUGUAAAGGGAGAGCUGAUUGGUGGAUUAGAUAUUAUUAAAGAAUUAAAAGAAUCAGGAGAUUUAGAAACCACCCUAAAAGGAGAAUGACUUUUGUGAUUUUAUAAUGAUAAGAUACUGUAUUAAACACACUCAAAUAAA